CGGUACAGUAAAGUAAGUAGCACUACAGAAUUGAGAUUCCCACGAAGUUUUAUCUGAUGUUUUUCAGAAUUUGGUCUCCACAGUCCCAGACCAAUUCUUGCACAAAGUAAGUAAAAAUUCCCAAUUAAAAAGGAAAAUUCGUUAAUUUUUUAAUGUAGAUGCCUAAUAUAUAGUAUGAGAAAUGGAUGUACUGACGUUCGGGAUCAUCGUGGGCAUAAUUAUCCUCUUUCUCUGCGCCGUUUGCUUCAUCGCAGUCGAAGGCACCUGUUUUGUGUUUUGAGUUCUUGGGUUGCUUUCCUUUUUGUUUCUGUAAUCCAAACGGGUCAAUGGGAGGUGUUUCAGAUAAGCGGCGGCAGAUCUGUUCCUAUGGGUUUGGGGUUUUGGUGGUGGUGGGAUUUGGGUUCUUUGUGGCCGCAGCUCACCAGUGUAGCCAUGGCCACCACCACCACCACCAUGAUCAUUUGCAUGAUGAGGAUGCUGGGUUAAUUAAGGAGAUGAAACGGCAGCAGGUGCUUCUUCCAGAGGAAAUGGCUGAAGAGGAAGAUCUGAAGAUGAUGUGGUCACAUGAUGAUCAUGACCAUGAUUUUGAGCUUGUACAUGGAGGGCAUAAGCAUGGUGGUCAUGUGGAGCUUUCUGGGCUUUGGCUCUGGCUCCAUGCUAUGGCUUGUUCGCUAUUGGUUAGCUUGGCUUCGCUGAUUUGCCUGAUUUUGUUGCCUUUGAUAUUUAUACAGGGGAAGCCAUCAAAGACACUUGUUGAUUCUUUAGCAUUAUUUGGGGCUGGAGCUAUGCUGGGUGAUGCUUUUCUUCAUCAAUUGCCACAUGCUUUCGGUGGUGUGCACUCCCACUCACAUGAUGACCAUGAUCAUCAUCACCAUGCACAGUUUGGACAGUCACAUUCACAUUCACAUUCCUUAGAGGAUCUUUCCAUUGGUUUGUCAAUCUUGGCUGGAAUUGUAGUGUUCCUUAUUGUCGAGAAAAUUGUGAGGUAUGUCGAAGAAUUUUCUGGUGGAGAAAAUGCUUGGGGUCUUGGUCAUCACCACCACCACCACCAUCAUAAGCACACCAACAAAUUGAAAGAUGAUGGUCAUGCACUUGAAAAUCAUCAGGGACUAUCCCAUGCUGAGAAAAAUGAAAGAUUAUCAGAAAAGACAUCUGAAGAAAAAGAUUUGGAUAGAGCUGCUGACACGGCUUGCAGUGAUAAAACAAGUGAAAAAGAUGUUCUGCGGAAGCGAAAUACUAGCAAUAGUUCCAAUAAAGAUAGAACUGAAUCAAGCACCGACAACAUCUCCAAUGGUAAUGUUGAGUCCAUUCACAGAAAAGAACCUGUCAAGUCCCAGUCAAAUUUGGUGAUUGGUUACCUGAACCUCUUCUCAGAUGGAGUGCAUAAUUUCACUGAUGGGAUGGCUUUGGGAAGUGCAUUCCUCCUUUAUGGAUCAGUUGGUGGGUGGUCAAGAACUCUGUUUUUGCUUGCUCAUGAGCUUCCCCAAGAGAUAGGUGAUUUUGGAAUUUUGGUGAGAUCUGGUUUCAGUGUCUCCAAAGCUCUCUUCUUUAACUUUCUAUCUGCACUGCUGGCAUUAGCAGGAACUGCUCUGGCUUUGAUAUGGGGAAAAGAUCCUGGCCACUCGUCUUGGAUUGAGGGGUUCACUGCUGGUGGUUUUAUCUACAUCGCCCUUGCUGGCGUGUUGGCUGAGAUGAAUAAUGGCACCUCAGCUUUGAGAAAUACAGCAGUCCAAAUAAUCUCAUUGCUGCUUGGUAUGGCUGUUGCCCUCUGUAUAUCUCUUGUAGAAUGAUUCUCUUUUGCCAUCUAAAGUUUUCUCAAGAUCAGAUUAAAAAUGUAACACUCGGAAGUCGCGAUCAAUGUUGAACUUAAAUCAUUAUAGCAAUCAUCAAAAGUUGGUUCUGUAUGCAUAUGUACCAUUGCCGAAUGAGUCCACACUAUCCAGAGAUGAUAGCUGCUGCCACUGCGUAAGCUUAUUAUCAGCA